AUGGCCUCCACCGACCCCUUCCUUUCCGCCCAAGCCGACAUCCUCGCCCUGCUCGACCAAUGCCGGCCUCUCCUGUCCUCCUACCUGCGCAUCCGCUCCUCGGCCUCCUCAGCCAACUCUCCAGAGCUGGUCGAAGCACGGGAAGAACUUGAAUCGACCCUCACCGACCUCUCCACGGACCUGCAGGACCUCGUGGACAGCGUUAAAGCUGUUGAACACGACCCGCACCGCUAUGGGCUCGACGUACCCGAAGUCAACCGCCGUCGUAAGCUUGUCGAAGAUGUAGGCAAGGAAGUGGAGGGUAUGCACCAGCAGCUGAACCAGACUGUCUCGGAAGCGCAGCGGAAACGAUCAGCGUCGCUGGCGCAUCCGGAUGCUUUUAUUACAGACGAAGAUCCGCUUGGUGGUGGUGGAGAGGAUGACGAGGCGUACAGGGAGUGGGAGGAGCAGCGGCAGAUGGAGAUGAUGCAUGAGCAGGACGAGGCGUUGGACGGGGUCUUUCAGACAGUUGGAAACUUGAGGAUGCAGGCGGAUACUAUGGGGAGGGAGCUAGAGGAGCAAGCGGAGAUGUUGGAGGAUACGGAGAACAUUACGGAUCGUGUUCAGGGGAAGCUGACGAAGGGGAUGAAGGGGAUUCGGUACAUGGUGGAGAGGAAUGAGGGCUCUCACGCCCUGCUCCAGCAAACCUACCUCAGCGUCUCGCCCUUCAUUGACCUACCCAAACCACCGACUCUCCCGCCCAACUACGCCAGCCUGCCUUCAACACUUCCGCCUUCGACUCUACACGCCAACUCCGCACCCUCCGCGCCCGAUCUCCCCGCCUAUGUAGUCUCUGCUACCGGCAACUUCGCCGCACACCCCAGCACCAUCGCAGCCCAAAAUCGGGCAUUGCUAGAGCAGAUAGACAAGGAUAAGCGGGACGGCAGCAAAGCGGUAGAAGCGUGGGAAGGCGAGAUCAAGGAGCGAGAGCUGCAGGAAAGGCGAAGACGAGCGCCUGGAUGGCUGGACCGGGAGGAGAGGAUACUGGAGCCCGAGAGGAAGGGGACGCCUGGGAAGGAGAAGAACCUGAUGGAUGACGAUGGAGAUGUAGGGAGAGCUGCACCGAGUACGGACGGAUUGGGCAACGAGAAAGAGGUCGAAGAUCUGGGGAAUGCGCUUGAUCGGGCGUUUGGCAGGAGUGAGAUGGGCUAA